GUAGUCUGCCGAAUCACCUUUACUACAGCUGUCAUUCGCUCUAUCUGCGUCGUCUAUAUCACCGCCUACCAUUCUCCCGUUGGUUUGACAGGCCGCUUUAACCAUCGUUCAACAAACACAAACAUUGCAAUACCUUGUCCCUCGAUCCGUGCACCGGUCCGCGGCAUGGUUGACUCCAAGGAAACCUCCGAGUUUUCGGAGAAGACGGAAGCCUUCUCACAGUCAGAGAUCGAGGCGCGGUUGCGAGAUGCCCGCCGCGAGAGGGAGGAACUCCAACUUGCCAUUAACAGCACCGUCUCGCUCGAUAGCCUAGUCAUUCCACCGGAUGAGGACAUUCGCAUUCUUGUCAGGCCGACCCGAGGGCGAUCGGUCAGUCCGGGUCCGGGUAGUCUAGAUAACUGCAGGUGGCUGGCUCUGCGCGCCGAGGUUGCAGAGAAGGACCAGACUCAACACAAGGUGCUUGCUGUUACGCAAACAUCCCGGGAUAUCAAGUUCUCCGUCCGGAUUCCUGGAGAUCUGACAAGGCCCACGCUGUGGUGCGAGCUCUAUUAUGAUCCGGCCAGCGAUAAGCUUAUCCUUGUCAAUCGUUCCGGUAAUCCCUUCAUCCUAUCCCGGGCCUCUACUACCGCUUUAGGGGAUAUCGAGGAGUAUGAGGUCAACCCAGGCUUCAAUAAAGAUGUGUUUCCAGGCACCUGGCGGAUCAGGUUCUACCACUCCGAUGUGCUUGACUUUCGCAUUCUUGAGAAAAAGCCAACACUUUUCCGGGUUCCCUCUAUCGAUUCAUCAAAUCCGAGCCAGCUUGUAAGGAAGCGCUCCUAUAUGGGCGAUGAGGGAGAUGAAAACUCGAGCAACAAGAAACCCCGAGCAUCGGAGGAUAUCGAAAUCAAGAAAGAAGACACCGACAUCAAGAAAGAAGAUGGUGUCAUCAUGUUCUUGCCAGCAAAGACGAAGCCGCUCGUUUUCCCAAUCCCGACCGGGGAGAAAAAAGAACUUGUUUCCGCCAACGGCAGAAGAGAGCUUGUUGCAUCCGACGGCAACCUUCUUCAGAUUCAACCUGACGAGACGGUCCAAGUUACUAGUGGUGGCUGCGAGCUUGACGAAUACACACUCACAAAGAAGUCAGACAUUGCCUCGUCAAGCUUAUCGAGCGUAUUUACCGCCGACCACUCAAAUGUACCAGAUGGAGUCAUUGUCGUCAAGGUGCUCAAGACCCGAACUCCCGCCACCGUCAACAACACCGCUAUGGAAUCCAGGAACGUGAUCCAUCAAGCCGACGUCUGGCUUCGGGAGCUUCAAUAUCAAGAGGACCUCCAACACAAGAGUAUCGUACGUCUUUACGGCGGCGACGCGCGCUUCCUGUCUUUGUACAUGGAGCACGUGGAUGCCCGGGAUCUAGCGUCCAAGGGAAUGUGGCGACGGAUGGAGAAUGACCGUUUCGCCGGUGACCGAUCAGACGCAAAGCGCAUCGUUCGGGACAUUGCCAGUGCCCUGCACUACAUCCAUGGACGUGGUCUAGUCCACAACGACAUCAAACCCGCCAACAUCCUCUAUAGCAGAGAGCGUGGGGCCGUCUUGUGUGACCUAGGUCUAUCGAGCCGCGCUAGAGACCCCCCUUCAAUCGGCGGUACACCGUGGUACAUCCCACCAGAGUUCAUUGCUUUGAAACAACGUGGUACCCCCAGCGAUGUUUGGGCCCUUGGAGUGACCAUGCUGUACGUCAUGGGCAAGAUCGCCUUCCCAGAUGCGCGUGGCAACAGAGCGCAUCCCCAACAUCUUCAUUGGCUUAUUGCCAAAGUUCACCCGAACCCACGCGAUCGAAAUCCUCAGCCGAGCGCUGUCAAACACAUGCAGCAAUGGUUGGGUGAAGUCAACAUAGCCCGUGCACAGCUCAAUACGCAAGAUGAACAAGAGAGGCUUGUGUACGAUAUGCUAUCACCAAAUCCAAACCAGAGAAUCACGAUGAGGGAGAUCAUGGCUCGAGUCCACGACCAAAUCACGGAGAAAUGAGGAAGUACAGUAUAUGACAUAUAUCGACAUCUACACCGGAAAUAAACACCUGUAUCUACGCAUUACUUUGGUUAAAAGCAAGGAGUUAAUAUCAUCUCACACAGUAAGUUCAUAGCCCUCCUUCUCGGGUCCUCCUGUGGCACUCGCAGACGUGUCACACUGGGACAUUCCCGAGUACCUCAAACUCGUUGUAGCGUUGCUCACACAUGGUAGUAUUAGAACUUUGUAUUUCCUAUCUUGUACACCACCACAAGCUUUCCGUGGUAUAACCACCAACAACUCGAACCCCGUUCCCCAAUCACAGCACCAUACCAGUCACAAAGCUCAACGCCAUACCCACAACGGCUGUGAGAGCAACGGUGUUCAACCC